AUGAGAGCGUUGGAUGGCGUCGACGGAGGUGUUGAUAGGGUACCCCUGCACUCGAAUUUCAUCUAUAGAUGGCUCAAUAGCAUCUACAAUCUCGAGAAUGGUCGUAUUUUCUACCGUCCGCGCGGAAGGGCAUACAUGCGUGCCACAAAGACGGUAGCCAAGACUAGCAUCCUCAGUCAUAGAAGCUAUAAGCCAUAUGUCACGGGAGCUCUCAAAGGCUACGAGAGGCAACCCUGCGGAAGAGGGGUCGACGGAUUGGGAGUCGAAGCCAUUCUGCCACGGCAGUCAGUCGAUACAUGCCGGCGAGAUGCGGUGCUUAUGCAGAUGCUGCUUGAAACAACUUAUCCUCGGCCGGCCGGGAUAUUGGGAUCGAGCCUGGCCCUUCCCAGGCUGAGCUUGCCACUGGAUGAGAGGAUGUGCAGUCUGGUAUUGGGGUAUAAAAUUGCCGUCAUCGGUGCCGGACAAAGGCAGUAA